AUGAGAAAGAAUGGAAGCUGUUGGAUCUGUCGCUUACGCCACAAGAAAUGUGACGAGAUUCAUCCGACUUGCGGAAAUUGUGCCGCGCUCGGAUUGGCGUGUCAUUUCAGCGAUGCUAAGCCAGAAUGGAUUGACAGUGGCGAGCAGCAGCGGCAAAUGAGCCAGCGCUUGAAGGCUCAGGUCAAACGAAAUGCUAGAAAUAAAAGGGGGAGGCAGAUGAUCCAGAAAAUCGCCCAUCAGCUCGAAGGUGAGCCGAUUCCUCGGGUUGAAGAAUUUGCUUCACCCCCAGUCCCUACUCAGGGCGAAGCAGCACCUGGCAUAACUAUCUCGGAGUCGGUCGACGACACAGCACCAGCUUCUUGGCCUAGCAACAAUACUCGUAUCUCGCUGGACACUGAAAAUCGCACACAUAAUGUACUCGAUACUGUCGACCUACCACUACGCGAUAAUCCCGGGCACUCCCUAUUUGGGACUACUUUUCGUGAGAGGCUCAACGUCAAUCUCGUUGGCGAGGAGGAUCUCCGUUUCCUCAUGACCUACAAGGACUAUGUUUUCCCACUACUUCACCCUUUCUAUCACACUUCGUUCUUCGAAGGCGGUCAUAACUGGCUUCUGGUUGCUGCCUUCAGAAACCCCGAGUCAAGACAAUUGAUCGUAAGCCUAGUUACGUACUUCUUCUCCGUCGUGCCCCUUGUUCCUGGCGCAGGAUAUACCAUGUGUUCCACCUUUGCCUGGGAGCAAGUUCAAAAGCAAUCGGAGCAAGCUUUCAAGGGAAUGCAGAGUAGGGUUGAGAUGCUUGGCGCCACCGCUAAUCUAUGGGAGAGAACGCAUCUUUUUGGAGACAUCAUGCUGUUACUCGAGUUCGAGACCAUGACUCAGUACUCCCAAGCAUGGAGAACUCAUCUCGAUGCUACGAUAAUCCUCUUCAAGCAGAUUCUCGACUCACCAGAAUCAAGGCAUGUUGUGUGGCGCGUGACAUUUGAUCCGACGCAGAUGUCAGCAGAUCAGGCGAACAGAAUUAAUUGCUCAGACGUCAAUUUGUUUUCUUCAACGCAAGUAGCUUUACGCUUUUUCGCUGCCAAGAUCAUUCUCGCCGACAUCGUAUCUAGUAGCGCACUCGAACAGGUUCCAAGUCUCAAUAAAUAUCAUGAAAAGUUGAUGUCUGGCCAGGGUGAAACCAGUCUGAACAUGAAAGAUGUGACUGGGUGCGAGAACUGGGUGUUCCUCAGCAUUGCGGAAGCAGUGGCUCUCAACGUCUGGAAGAAAGAGACGAAAAGGAAAGGGAAUUUCUCUUUUAUGACUUUGGUUCAAAGGGCAGGCAAGAUUCUCGAAAAGCUUGAUCAGGGCCUGGCGAUGUUGACAGAUGAAGAGCGCCGAUCACAAGAGACCAACCAUCAGCCAGGUGAGAUUUUCGCAGAGUUUACUCUCCUACGAACCAUGCGCCCUCCACACGACGCCUACUACGCCAUUACUCGGGUAUGGACGAACGCUGCACGGCUCUACCUAAUUGUCGUUCUCUCGGGAUGGCAACCAGAAAUGGACGAAGUCGUCGAUCUCGUGUCCGCAAAUCUAGUUUUACUGGAAAACCUGACGACGCCAAGCUGGUUGACGACGCUUGCGUGGCCCAUCAGCGUGACAGGGUGUUUGGCCUCCGAAAGUCAAGAGACUGCAGUUGAACAAGUGUUUAGUAGAACGAAGCCACUGAGUAAUGUGGGCGGUUUGAUCGAGGCUAUGAAGGUCAUUCGGCAAACGUGGGCACGGCGAGGGGAGUUAAGCCAAGAGUGGGACUUGACGGCUUGCUUUAGGAGUUUGGACAAUAUUCCGUUGUUGGUGUGA